CCGUCCAGCCUGUAAUCUUUCCCACAUGUUCCUUAUUUUUCCUUCUUUCACUCCCUGUAAAGGAUCACAGUUUCCUUACCUCCCUCUAUCCACCCACAGCCUCUUUUUUGUUCUGCCACACACAGUACUCUCACUCCUUCAAGACACAGACUACGCUCUGCGUGGACACAGCACAGUUCUCUGCAGGACAAGACCAGGCCUCUGAGCUCUGAACUCUGCAGUUUCAAGAUGAACAAGGAAUAUGGGAAUGGCACGCAUGGUGUCUCCCAAAUGCAGCAAAGCAGGAUGUGGAACCCUGUGCUUCUCGUAUUUGUUGUUGUGUGCUGCUCAGUGAUACCCUCUGUGAUUGGAUGUAAUAAAGCUCUCUGUGCAAGUGAUGUCAGCAAAUGUCUGCUGCAGGAGCUGUGUCAGUGUCAGAUGAAGGAAGGGAGAUGUCCUUGCUGUCAGGAGUGCUCGCUGUGUCUGGGCAGUGUGUGGGAUCAGUGCUGUGACUGUGUGGGUUUGUGCAGUGAGGAUAAGAAAGCCCGGAGGCAUUCCGCUCGAAGGAGUUCUCUAGAGGAGCUCCCUGUGCCUGUUCCCUCUCUUUUCCGAGCUUUGAGUGGAGUACAGGAAGGGGAUCCAAGCCUUGGGUGGAGUGCUCACUCAUUGACAGUUUCUGAAGAGUUUACGCAGAAAUCUCACAUGGACCACAUUCUGCUUGGGGAUGAUUCAGUUGUGCCUUCUCCUCCAUUGGUGAACAUGUCUGGACUCUGCACGGCGCUGUACUUUAACACUUGUAUGUCCAUGAGACACUGCCAUCAGUCCUGCGAAUCCGUUGGAUCCUCCAGAUAUCGCUGGUUCCAUAAUGGUUGCUGUCAGUGCAUUGGACCUGACUGUUAUGGAUAUGGAAGCAAAGAACCAUUGUGCCUCCAGUGCCAUCCUUAAGGCCUACUGUGAGAAUGAAUGUUCACAUAUAAUGAGAAAGGAAGACACUGUAUAGAAGAGGAUGGAAUCAAUUCCAGAGCAGGAAUCCUGGCAGUAAUGGGCAGGGCAGAGCUUUUCAUCAUGUUGUGUAUGGUUUCAUCUCAUAAUGCACUUAAUAGGAGACUUUAAAAAAGGAAUCAUCAAAGCCCUAACUGACACAUUUUCUUACCAUGUCUCCAUGAUGCCUGGACGAUGGUAUUUCGAACCAUGCCAGUAUGAUUAAUUGGGAUAUAAGAAGUGUUUUCCUUAUGAUAAUCUGCUUAUGUAUUCUUCACACAUAAUUUAACCACAUCUCGAACUCCAUGCCCAGAAGACACAAACCCAGUGUGAGAUUUCCUACAUUCGCUUUGCAAUCUACUUACACAUACACAGGAGACCUAUCCAUUGGCUACAUUUGAUCUCUAUCCAAGAUGCAUUCCAUAUUCUAUGAUAUAAUAGUCUAGGUCAGUGUGUCUUGUUUUUCCCCAACAAGUCUGUAUACAAGAAAUCACAAUUUUCAUCUACAUUAAAAGAGGAAUAAACUGUAGUUACAUCAUAUGAACAUUAGAAAUGCCUUAUUAUUAACUUAUGAAAUGACUAAAUAAUGAUUUAAUUCACUCUAUUACCUAGUAGCCAAGACUGACAAUUACAAAGGUUUUGUUACACUAAUGUACCCUGGCCGCAGGUAAACCCCAAAUACGUGGAGGAUUAUUCACUAAUGUGUGAAUUUCUUUCAAUUCACCUUACUCAAUAACCCUUUUAGAUGUGAGUAUUAUUUAUAGACAGCAGAGAAAUAUUAAAGGGCCCAAUUACUUUUUCUUGGUUGUUUCGUUGUAACUAUAUGAUAGCUCAAGGACU